AUGCGGGUUCUCUUUUGGAACAUAAAUGGAGUUGCUCGUGAUGCAGCUCAAUGUAAACUUAGAGAGUUAAUUAGGGAGUUCAAGCCAGAUAUUUUUUGUCUUGCGGAACCAAAAGUUCAUUGCUCGGUUGGUUUUGGUAAUAGACUUCAGUUGGAAGGUUUUUAUCCACAUGUUAUUCAUAAUGCGGCUGCUUCUAGAAUUGCUAAUAUGUGGAUUUGCUACUUAAAUGGUAUUGUUCCCUCGGUUAUUAAUAGGAGCAAACAGGCCAUAACAGUUGAGGUUGAUGGAGUUCAUAUCUCGUUUGUUCAUGCUAGUUAUGUUCAGGUUACUAGGCGAAGGCUUUGGCAGCAGCUUAAUAGCCAUGAUACGUCGAUCUCGUGGCUUGUCAUGGGAUAUUUCAAUUGUAUCCUUCGACUUGAUGAGAAAAAGGGUGGUCUUGAGCCUAGGACUUCAGCAAUUAAUGAAUUUUCUGAUUGGAUGGAUGAUAAUAAUCUUUUCGAAGCAGAUUUCUUGGGUACUAAAUUUACUUGGACUAAUGGUCAGUCGGGUGCUCACAGAAUCAUUAGUAAGUUGGAUCGUGUUGUUAUCAAUGCUGCUUGGUUGAAGCAAGACCAGUUGAGGUUUGAAUAUGUGGCUCUUUGCUCGGAUGAAGAUCCUAAUGAUGUUUCCAAACUUAAUCUUAUGAAGGAUGUUAUGGCUAGGCUUAGUGAGACUCGGCUUCAACAUAACUCUAUGCUUAAGAAAAAGGCAAGGAAUCAGUGGCUUGUGGAGGGUUCAAGCAACACUACUUUCUUCCAUAAUAGUAUUCGCAUUCGUCGGAGUUCUAAUACUAUUUCAGAAUUAAUAGAUAGUGAUGGCCAUACUAUUUCAGAAUAUGAUCAGUUGCGUGAACAUGUGGUGCAGUUCUAUGAGGACAAAUUUAAUGUCCAUGAGUCUGAUUUGGAUGCUAGUUUAUUUGAUUAUGAGCAUGUUGGCAUCUCAGAGGAAGAAAGUCUUGCUAUGGACAAAAUUCCUACUCCUGACGAAAUUAAACAAGCAGUUUUUGAUCUUGGAGAUGAUAGUGCUCCAGGGCCGGAUGGUUUUUCUGGUUGUUUCUAUCGUCAUUGCUGGGAUAUUAUUAAUGAAUAUUUGAUUAAGGCAAUUAUUUUUUGUUGGAAUACUGGUCAUAUUCCAAAUGGGGUGAAUUCAAGUCUUAUCAUCUUGCUUCCAAAGGUAACAGGUGCAAAUACUCUUCGUAAUUUUCGACCUAUUGGUCUUAGUAAUUUUUUCUUUAAAAUUUUUACUAAGAUCCUUGCUACUAGAGUUGGUAGUGUUUUGGAUAAGCUUGUUUCUGAGGAACAGGUAGCCUUUAUGAAGGGUCGGAAUAUCCAUGAAAACAUCAGUUUGGCUUCUGAAAUGGUUAAUGAACUCCACAUCAAGCGCAAGGAUGGCAACAUUGGUCUUAAGCUUGAUAUUUCCCAGGCAUUUGACACGUCCGAAGGGUUAUUUCAAAAUUAA